UUUUAUAGGUUCACAUUAAUAAAAGCACCAUGGAGUUUUAUGAGUCAACAUAUUUUAUUGUCCUUAUUCCUUCAAUAGUUAUUACUGUAAUUUUCCUCUUCUUCUGGCUUUUCAUGAAAGAAACAUUAUAUGAUGAAGUUCUUGCAAAACAGAAAAGAGAACAAAAACUUAUUCCUACAAAAACAGAUAAAAAGAAGGCAGAAAAGAAAAAAAACAAAAAGAAAGAAAUCCAGAAUGGAAACCUCCAUGAAUCUGAUUCAGAAAGUGUACCUCGAGACUUUAAAUUAUCUGAUGCUUUGGCUGUAGAAGAUGAGCAAGUUGUACCUGUUCCAUUGAAUGUGGUUGAAACUUCAAGUAGUGUUAGAGAAAGAAAAAAGAAGGAAAAGAAACAAAAACCUUUACUUGAAGAGCAAGUCAUCAAAGAAAGUGAUGUAUCAAAGGUGCCUGGCAAAAAAGUAGAACCUGUCCCAGUUACAAAACAACCCACCCUGCCCUCCGAAGCAACUUCCUCAAAGAAGAAACCAGGGCAGAAGAAGUCUAAAAAUGGAAGCGGUAUUACAGUCUUGGUAGAUGAACCCCUUAUUCAUGCAACUACUUAUAUUCCUUUGAUGGAUAAUGCUAACUCAAAUCUUGUGGUAGAUAAGAGAGAAGUUAUUGAUCUGAUUAAAUCUGACCAAGUAGAAGGAAUCCAGAAAUCUGGGACAAAAAAGUUGAAGAUUGAAACUGACAAAGGUAAUAUCCACAUUGUCAAUAAUUAUACACUUAAAUUUUACAUGUACAGUUCAAGUAAAGGAGAAUUGGCUGCACUUCUGCAUCAGCUCCAGGAAAAGGACAAGUUGCUUGCUGCUAUAAAAGAAGAUGCUGCUGCUACAAAGGAUCGGUGUAAGCAGUUAACCCAGGAAAUGAUGACAGAGAAAGAAAGAAGCAACGUAGUUAUAGCAAGGAUGAAAGAUCGGAUUGGAACAUUAGAAAAGGAACAUAAUGUAUUUCAGAACAAAAUGCAUGUCAGUUAUCAAGAGACUCAACAGAUGCAGAUGAAGUUUCAGCAAGUUCGUGAGCAGAUGGAAGCAGAGAUAGCACACUUGAAGCAGGAAAAUGGUAUACUGAGAGAUGCUGUCAGCAACACUACAAACCAACUGGAAAGCAAGCAGUCUGCAGAACUCAAUAAACUGCGCCAGGAUUAUGCUAGGUUGGUGAAUGAGCUGGCUGAGAAGACAGGAAAGCUACAGCAAGAGGAAGUCCAAAAAAAGAAUGCAGAGCAAGCAGUUACUCAGUUGAAGGUUCAACUACAAGAAGCUGAGAGAAGGUGGGAAGAAGUUCAAAGCUACAUCAGGAAGAGAACAGCAGAACAUGAGGCAGCCCAGCAAGAUUUACAGAGUAAAUUUGUGGCCAAAGAAAAUGAAGUACAGAGUCUGCAUAGUAAGCUUACAGAUACGUUGGUAUCAAAACAACAGUUGGAGCAAAGACUAAUGCAGUUAAUGGAAUCAGAACAAAAAAGGGUAAACAAAGAAGAGUCUCUACAAAUGCAAGUUCAGGAUAUUUUGGAGCAGAAUGAGGCUUUGAAAGCUCAAAUUCAACAGUUCCAUUCCCAGAUGGCAGCCCAGGUAAUGAUGUAUUAUUUUUGCUUAUGGCUUUCUUGUGGCUUCCUACCCAUUUUAGCAAUCAUCUGGAUUGCAGAAAAGGAUAAGCAGAUAAAACAGACUGAAGACUCUUUAGCAAAUGAACAUGAUCAUUUAGCAAGUAAAGAGGAAGAACUUAAGGAUAUACAGAAUAUGAAUUUCUUAUUAAAAGCUGAAGUACAGAAAUUACAGGCCCUGGCAAAUGAGCAGGCUGCUGCAGCACAUGAAUUAGAGAAGAUUCAAAAAAGUGUUCAUAUUAAGGAUGAUAAAAUACGAUUGCUGGAAGAGCAGCUACAGUGUGAAAUUUCAAACAAAAUUGAAGAAUUUAAGGUUUUUAUUUCAUGCAAACUUGGUAGAAUUAAACUUUUCGGUGAUUUUUAUUUUCAGCCUAAUAAAGAUGUUGUGGAACAAAUGGAAAAAUGCAUUCAAGAAAAAGAUGAAAAGUUAAAGACUGUAGAAGAAUUACUUGAAACUGGACUUAUUCAGGUGGCCACUAAAGAGGAGGAACUGAAUGCAAUAAGAACAGAAAAUUCAUCUCUGACGAAAGAAGUUCAAGACUUAAAGGCUAAGCAAAAUGAUCAGGUUUCUUUUGCAUCUUUAGUUGAAGAACUUAAGAAAGUGAUCCAUGAGAAAGAUGGAAAGAUCAAGUCUGUGGAAGAGCUUCUGGAAGCUGAAGUUCUCAAAGUUGCUAAUAAGGAGAAAACUGUUCAGGAUUUGAAACAGGAAAUAGAGACUCUAAAAGAAGAAAUAGGAAAUAUCCAGCUUGAAAAGGCUCAACAGGUAAAAAUCUAAGAGCCAUAGCAUGACAGAUUUAUAGUAUUAAAAGGAAAGGAGGAACAGGUGAAUACCAUGAAGGUUCUUAUAGAAGAGAAGGAGAAAGAUCUAGCCAAUAGAGAGAAAUGGUUACAGGAUCUGCAAGAAGAAAACGAAUCUUUGAAGACUUAUAUGCAGGAAGCAGCACAACAUAACUUGCAGAAGGCGUAUUCUACAUCACAAUUUGAAGAGCUUGAAAUUGUGUUGAAAGAGAAGGAAAAUGAAAUGAAGAGAAUAGAAACUGUGCUAAAAGAGAGGGAGAGCGAUCUUUCUAGCAAAACAAAGCUGUUACAGGAGGUACAAGAUGAAAACAAAUUGUUUCAAUCCCAGAUUGAGCAACUUAAGCAACAAAAUUACCAACAGGUAUCUUCUUUCCCCCCUCAUGAGGAAUUAUUGAAAGUAAUUUCAGACAGAGAGAAGGAAAUAACUGGUCUCCAGAAUGAGUUAGAUUCUUUGAAAGAUGCUGUUGAACACCAAAGGAAGAAAAAUAAUGACCUUCGGGAGAAAAACUGGGAAGCAAUGGAAGCAUUGGCAUCAACUGAAAAAAUGCUGCAGGACAAAGUGAACAAGACUUCCAAGGUUGUAAUGCUAACUCUUAGAAACAAUCCACUGAACAGAGAAAAUCUGCAGCUUAUCUUAAAAUUUUUUUUUGAAAUCGAUGACUUUGUCUUUUUCCCCCUACAGAAUUACAGUGAAUGGUUGUGUGGAUUUGAACAGAAGGCCAAAGAAUGUAUAGCUGGAACUUCAGGUUCAGAGGAGGUUAAGGUUGGUACAAAAAGUGAAUUGUCCAUAUUUAAACAUGGAAAAAGGAGUAAAUCAGAACUUGUUUUCAUAAACUCUGAUGUGUAUCCUUGGUGGUUUGCUUGGUCUUAUAAUUGUUUCACAUUUCAGAUGCAGUCAUCAUUUACAUCUUCAGAGCAAGAGCUAGAGCGAUUAAGAAGAGAAAACAAAGAUAUUGAAAAUCUGAGGAGAGAACGAGAACAUUUGGAAAUGGAACUAGAGAAGGCAGAAAUUGAACGAUCUACCUAUGUUACAGAAGUCAGAGAGCUGAAAGAUCUGUUGACUGAAUUGCAGAAAAAACUUGAUGAUUCAUAUUCUGAAGCAGUAAGACAGAAUGAAGAGCUAAAUUUGUUGAAGACCCAGUUAAAUGAAACAGUCAUAAAACUUAAAACUGAACAAAGUGAAAGACAGAAGGUAGCUGGUGAUUUACAUAAGGUAAGGCUGCUUGACAUGGAGACACAAUAUUGUGAGCCUUUGUUGUGCCUUCUAUCUAUGUUUGUAUUUGAAACAACAAUAAAAUGUUUUCUGAUUUUGGUUGUACAUUCCUUUUCCUUGUGUUGGAGUUCAUCACUUAUAUCUUCUUUUCAGGAAUCUUCUGAAAAGGAGAAAAUGUUUAUAAGUCUAAAUCAGACUCUCACACAGUUACAGCAGUUGCUACAGUCAGCAAACCAACAGCUCACAAAGGAGAAAUAACACUACCAGGCCUUGGAGUGAAGUGACUGGGAAACCAUUCGUUUGAGCAUAACAGAAGGCAUUGUAUUAUAUUUUGCCAAAUUAAAGCCUUAUUUAUGUUUUCACCCUUUCUACUUUGUCAGAAA